AUGUAUGAUGCAUUUGUGAAUGUUAUUAAAACGGAAAUGUCUACAAAAUUAUCAUCUAAAGUGAUUGUCUUAUCCGACGGCGUAAAUAACAAAAGAAGGAGAUGUAAGGAACCUUGGUGGAGUGAGGAGUUAACUGAAUUAUGGAACGACGUUUGUGCAUCCGAAAAAAUAUGGAUUAGGUGUAAAAUUAAAAAUCAGAAAAAGUUUUUUCGACAAGUAUUUGUGAAUAAAAGGAAACUAUUUGAUAAAGCGGUUCAAAAGGCAAAACGCCAAUAUUGGUACUCCAUGCAGGAAGAAUUGAGUAAUUCGUGUGGAAACCCAAAAGAGUUUUGGCGAAAAAUUGGAAAAAUUGGUGUAGGUAGUGAGCGCCAAAAUUAUAUUCCUAUGGAAGUAAAAUUAGAUGAUGGUCAAAUUUCUAGUGAUAAAGAUGAAGUUUUAAAUAAAUGGAAGUGUGAUUUCUCUAAUAUGUUUAAUAGAAAUGAUGAUAGUGAUGUAAAUAUAUGUGAAAAUGAUGUAGAUGUUAUAUAUGAUGAUAUGUUAGAUUGUGAAAUAUCUGUGGAAGAAGUAUUUAAUGUUUUAAAAAGUUCCAAAAAUGGUAAAUCACCAGGAUAUGACGAAAUACCAGUUGAAUUGUAUAAGAACCAAACUAUGUUAAAUGCACUAACUAGAGUAUUCAAUAUUUGUUUUGACUCUGGUAAAGUUCCAGCAAUGUGGUCAAAAGGGAUUAUAACACCUAUUCCAAAAAGCUCAACAUCAGAUCCGAGAGAUCCCUUGUCGUAUCGUGGUAUAACUUUGGCACCAGUUUCCUACAAAUUGUAUUGUGGAUUAUUGAACUCUCGACUAACAUAUACGCUUGAUGAUAUUGACUUCUUAUGUGACGAGCAAAAUGGUUUUAGAAAAUGA